AUGGCGCUGUUGGCUUUUGCCACCUUUGCCCUGGUCCCCUUGGGAGUUGCAGCGAAAGCCGAGAAACCGCAUGUGUUGUUCAUUUUAGCUGACGAUUAUGGCUGGGGCAACCUGGGUGUGCAUCGUCGGGAAGGCGUUGCAGCCGUUUCUGGCAGAGCUUCGCCCGAAGAGCUGCAAGGAAAGGCAGAGGUUCACACUCCCCACAUCGAUGCGUUGAUUGAUGCGGGGGUACUCUUGGACCGUCACUAUGCCUACAAGAUUUGCUCUCCUUCUCGCUCUUCCAUCCAGUCAGGACGCUUGGCGGUGCAUGUGAAUUCCGUCAAUUCACCAGUCACCUCUCAGAAUUAUGAGGACCCUGUGAGUGGCUAUGCCGGCAUUCCGCGCAACAUGACAGGCAUUGCUGAGAAGCUGCGGGAUGCUGGCUAUCGAACACAUAGGGAUGCUGGGAUGGCCACCCCUGAACAUUCGCCCAGGGGAAGGGGCUAUGAGACUUGGUAUGGCUACUACCAGCAUGCCAAUGACUACUGGCACAAAAGUAAACUUGGAACGGGAGAGGUGGAUGCUUGCUUGAACCACAUGAAAGAUCUUUCGAUGCACAACGCCACUUACUGUGGGCCUGUGCGGGAUGCCAUCUCGCUUUCAGCAGCUUGUGAGAUGGAUGAAGAGUCAGAUCCUGGUUGUUAUGAAGAACAUCUGUUUAAAGAGAGGGUUCUGGAGAUCAUUCAGAACCACAAUGUGACCAGCCCCUUGUUCCUGUUCUACUCUUUCCACUUGGUCCAUACUCCCUUGCAAAUUCCCAAAGCUUGGCUGUCCAAGAUCGAUGAAGUGGUGAAGGCCGCUGGUGGAAAGGCCUUUGAUGAUCAGAAUCGGCGUUUGUAUUCGGCCAUGGUUCUCUACAUGGAUGCAGCCGUUGGAGCAGCCGUGGAGGCCUUGAAGCAGAAGAACAUGUAUGACAACACCUUGAUCAUCUUCACUUCAGACAAUGGUGGACCAAUCUAUGAACCUGGUUCUGCCUCCAAUUAUCCCUUGCGGGGCAGUAAGACGAAUGAUUGGGAAGGAGGCAUUCGCACCAAUGCUUUCGUCUCCGGAGGCUUUGUACCGGUUCAUCGCCGUGGGCAGAAGUUCGAGGGCAUCAUCAAUGUGGCCGAUUGGUAUGGCACCCUAACGGAACUGGCUGGCGUGGAUAUGAGAGAUUUGAAGGCUGAGGCAGCCAAUGUGUGGCUGAAGGAGAAGGGACUUCCAUUGCUUCAUCCAGUGGACAGUGUACCACAGUGGCAGAACAUCAUCAAUGACCAGAACGGACGAAAGGAUGCCAUGCACUUGAGUAGCCAGGCACUUUUCAUGUGGCCCUACAAGUUGGUCACAGGGAAACAGCCACUCACUGCCUGGCUGGGGCCCCUGUAUCCCAAUUGCUCCACCGUGAAGUCUCGGGCCAAGCUCCAGGGGCCGCAGCCUCCGGCCCCGGAUUCGAUCUUCGGCCAAUUCACUCCAUGGUCGGGCACCGGUCAGGAGGUGGCUCAGCAAACCUGGAGCUUCGAUUGCGAGGCGGGCUGCUUGAUGAACGUCCGCGAUGAUCCGACGGAACAUAAGGACUUGGCAAAGGAUCCGAAGUAUGCAGCGAUCUUGACACAGAUGCAGGAGACUCCCGGAGAGCGCCGAUAUGUUUUUUUGGAAGGGAUUUGUGAGGAGACCCUGAAGAAGAUGAACCAGGAGCUUUUCACUCCAGACCGCGGUAUAGAUCGGGUCGAGGCCUGUGAUGUGGCCAUCGAACAGGAUCGCACCUUUGGUCCCUUUGUCGAUGUGGAAGGCUUCUAUAGCCCGAAUCCGAAAUCCAAGGAUCUGGCGCAGAACUUCGAGGAUCAAAUGCUGAGUGCCACCUUGCACGCCUUGAAUGAGAGUGAGCUGAAAUCCUUCUUCGUGGCCAGUUUGAAGAAAGAGGUAGUGACCAGGCAGUCUGUUGUCUUGCGGGAGAAGCAAGGGAUCUCCAAGCCUGAGUGGUGUUGCCUCUUCUUGGGCGUCAUUUGCGCCGCCACCGUGACCAUCGCCGAGAGCGGCAGCGUGGGCCUAUCGGGCGCCGCCUCGAGAAGCUUUUGGUGUGGCGUGUGCUUCUGCGUGACCAGUUUAUUGCUGGCGGGCUUGGACUUCGUCUUGAAGGCCAAGUUGGGCAAAGGCCCCAAGCUGAACGCCUUAGAGACGAACUUGUACAACGCCUUGCCGGUGGCACUCUUGGCCUUGGUCUUUGGGUCCUUCCUCCCAACACCUGUGCCGCCGAGUUGGAUGGCCCGGUUCGGGUCGCCUUUGACGGACCUGUCGGUCUUCCUGAAGGUCUUCUCGGUGAAUGCGCCCGCCUACCUAUGGGUGGUGGGCUCGGGCGUUUGCGCGAUGGUCUUCAACCUCUUCGUGACCUUCAUGGUCGUGAAACUCUCCCCGGCGACCAGCUCCUUCGCUGGGAACUUCAACAAGUCCAUGAGCAUCGCGCUGUCCCUGUUUCUGCUGGAGGGCCACCGGCCCACGGAUGCGCGUGGCAUCAUCAAGCUGUGUGCCGUCUUUGGAAACAUCGCAGCCUUCUACGUCUACAACGUCCUCCGGAAGAAGCGCCAGCAGAAAUGA